GGUUGUGGAUUGUAGGCUGGGUAUCUUUUGCUUUAUGUCUGGUAUCCACUUAGGAGUAGGUACUAUAUUUGUCUUUCUAGUUUUGGGUUACCUCACUCAGGUUUGGUUUUUCUAGUUCUGUCCGAUGUUUAAAUCUUUAAAGGCGUGGUUUCAUAGGACAAAUGGUGGAGCUACGAGCUCAGGGUCGAGGCUCGGGAAAAUCUGCACCCUCAGAGAUGAGGUGAAAAUUGAGAGUUGCAGUGGUCCUCUCAGGGUUGUCCGGGACUCAGAGAUGGCACGUAUUGAUGCUCAUUGUACCUCCCUCUGAUGACCUGGCUUCACGCGGUGCAUCUUGGGAAUUGUAGUUUUCUGGUCGGUGGGAGAGGUCUCCUAUGCAGCUUGGAGGGUGGCAAACUCCACCCUCCCACCAGGGACUCCAGUCAUCUCUGGGUUCAACCUCAGGCUCUCAGGAUUGGUGGGGGCGGGCCUAUGCACGUGGAUGCACGUGGAUUGGGCCUGUGUGUCGUGGGCGGGGUCGCGCAUGCUCAUUUGGGCGGUGGGCCUGGAGCGUAUCAAGAUGUCGACCGCGACGGUUCCAGAGCUAAAGCAGAUCAGCCGGGAGGAAGCAAUGCGCUUGGGGCCCGGCUGGAGCCACUCGUGCCACGCCAUGCUGUAUGCCGCGAACCCGGGGCAGCUCUUCGGUCGUAUUCCCAUGCGAUUUUCAGUGCUGAUGCAGAUGCGCUUCGACGGGCUGCUGGGCUUCCCCGGGGGUUUUGUGGACCGGCGCUUCUGGUCGCUAGAGGACGGCUUGAACCGGGUGCUAGGCCUGGGCUUGGGCGGCCUGCGCCUUACCGAAGCUGACUACCUGAGCUCACAUCUGACUGAGGGUCCACAACGCGUGGUGGCACAUCUAUAUGCACGGCAGCUGACACUGGAGCAGCUGCAUGCUGUGGAGAUCAGUGCAGUGCACUCGCGGGACCACGGUCUGGAGGUGCUGGGCCUUGUACGCGUCCCACUGUACACCCAGAAGGAUCGAGUAGGCGGCUUUCCUAACUUCCUGAGCAAUGCCUUCGUCAGCACUGCCAAGUACCAGCUCCUAUUUGCCCUUAAGGUACUCAACAUGAUGCCCUCGGAAAAGCUGGCAGAGGCCUUGGCCUCGGCCACAGAAAAACAGAAGAAGGCCCUAGAAAAGCUGCUCCCAGCCUCAUCCUGAGGAGGUUCCUGUGCGGUUCUUGCCCUCCCUUAGCUGUCUCUGCCCACAGGCCCUGGGAUUCCCGAGAAGCGUGCCUUCUAGCUUGUUUGGUUUUGCACCCUUUCUGACUGCAAGGGACAAGCAGGCAGCUGUUCAUCUUUAUUGUCCCAAGCAGUCCCUGGGACCUAGCUACUCUCUCAGGUUGUUCAGUGGGGUAGCUUGGGCCUGACUUUUCAAGCUGAGUAUGCCGUCACCCAUCCCAGGGCUCAGACUGUCCUGUGUGAGUCUGUUUGUGACUGCUGGAGACCCAGGUAGAGCCCACUUUUCCAAGGCAACGACUUGAUGGUACAUGGUUCCUGGACUGGUCAGGGAUUUCAUUCAAUGGAGGUGACCCGUGUUAGAUCACUCCUUCCCUUGGCCCAGCUUGCAAUAGGCUGUUCAUUUGGGUUGUUGCUGGAUUUCUGUUAGAUUUUUCUUUCUUGGUGUGUGAACUGUGGGUUGGUUUCAGAGUGGCUAUGCCCCACAUGACUUGGUUCUCCCCAGCAGGGCUUUGGCUCAACUCUGUGGAAUUGAGGAAGCAAGAAGACAAUAAAGCCAUUCCUCUGAUGCUUA